AUGGACUGGCCCAUAGAAGAUACACCCUGGACCUAUCACGAUUUGAAGAUAUUCGGGUUUGAAGAACGCUUUACUGUGGCGCUUCGAAAGCUACAAUCUGAUGAGGCAUUAAUAAGAAAGGUGCUUUUAGACAAGAACGAUUGGGAGAAUUGGUUUCAUGAUGUAUGGCGACUAUCCGUGGAACCACAUUCGGGGGCUAAUCAAGAAAUGCAGAUACCGAGCGCCACUUCUAAGAAAGCAGGGCUUCACAUUGUACUUUGUAGUAGAGCCUCGCCCAUCUUCGAAGGACAUGUACCGAUUUCGUAUAUCUCGAUGCCUAGGGAUACAUGGGGAAGGCUUACGGGGUCGUUUCAUGUCCAUCGAUGCAUUACGCGAACGAUAACUCGAGAGGUUUCUUGUUUCGCGUCGUCUUACGAGAACGAGGAUGACUGGACCAAGUCGAAGAUAAGUUUUACCGCUCGGAUGUCAUCAUCACUCCCAGGAGACCUUGCGUUAUCACUUACCUAUAUUCCGAGCACGGACUCAACAUUCGCCGUCAUGUUUGGAUGCGACAAUAGUCAUUUGCGGGAAAUCGAAAAUCGUGUCCGGGCAGCGACAGAAAGCAUCAACUAUCCACUACUAAUGAUUGGAAUAUUUGCCGAAUUGGAACGGGGAAGGCUAGUAGCCAUGGCAGACCAACUCUUCGAUGGUUUUGCCCUAACGUCCGAGCAUCUCGAAGGCAAGUCAUGGGAUCCGACGAGGGAUAUGAACGACAAGAAGGCCCAAGAAAAUCUUUCUCUCUGCCUGAGGAGUCGAACGAUCGCAGACAACAUCCGGGCGGUGAAGCGCCAAGUCUUGAAGCUUAUGACCGAAAUAGAUGAGUUUGGGGACUUCGUUUCUCGGCAGGAUGAUGAGAGAGCGCGCCGGUUCAAAAAGGCGGGGUCUCAGAUGAAGAAACGAUUACGAGACAUUAUGAAUGAGUACGAUGGCAAGAUAGAUGAAUGUGAUAUGAUGGUGGGCAAUACUACCCUAGCUAUGCAGACAGUGUGGAAUCAAUUUGCAAGGUAUGAUUCGGGUAUCAAUACUCAGAUUGCACGUGCCAACACCAAUAUCGCGCUUGAAACCAAACGAGAUGGUGUCCAGAUGAGAUCAAUCGCGCUGCUAACGAUGGUCUAUCUGCCCUUUUCCAGCGUUGCAUCCAUAUUCUCGAUGAACAUGUUUGAUUGGAGUGCUCAAGAUGGAGGCUCGGUGGUAUCCAAGUAUAUAUGGGUUUUCGCCGUGUUUGCUGUAGGGCUGAGUGCUAUCACUCUCUUUGCAUGGUAUUACAUUACGUACCGACAUAAAAAAACGCCUAAAAAGGAUACUUCAGAGAUCUCAGUUUGA